UGAUAAGGGCUCCCCAGGGAGAUAAAGAGUCAACUCGAUAACCCAAGUAUUUUCGGGUUCUCCGCUGAGAGAGGAACAGAAUUUAUUGUCGAGCCCCACGAUGUCACGGCAAUUGCUCAGUUCAUUCCCCAGAAUUUCCCACGAAAUCCAGAGGAAUUUAGUCACCGACUCGAGGUACGGAUUCUUGAAGCAACUGGGGUUGACGCAGGAGAAUCCAGGAUUAUUCGACGGCAGAUGGGGCGGUUCAGGCCAGUUGAUCGAGUCACUGUCCCCAGCCUCUGGGAAGACGAUCGCAAAAAUCCGUGAGUCCACCCCCCAGGAGGCCAGCAAUGCGGUGACAGAAGCGAGGAAGGCCUGGCCCCAGUGGUCGUCCCUGCCCCCGCCAGCACGAGGUGAAAUCGUCCGUCAAAUCGGCGACGAACUCCGGAAGAAUCUCCGACCACUGGGUCAACUGGUCUCCCUCGAAAUGGGGAAGAUCCUCGCCGAGGGCAUCGGCGAGGUCCAGGAGUACAUCGACAUCUGCGAUUACGCCGUCGGCCUCUCCCGGAUGCUCCCAGGGAGCAUCUUCCCUUCCGAGAGGAAGGACCAUGCUCUCCUCGAAAAGUGGAACCCCGUUGGAGUCGUCGGAGUCAUCUCGGCAUUCAAUUUCCCCAUCGCUGUCUACGGCUGGAAUAGCGCGAUAGCCAUGGUCUGCGGUGACGCUGUUGUGUGGAAAGGAUCUCCAACGACUCCACUGGUCUCCAUAGCAACGACAAAAAUCAUCGCCAGUGUCCUCGAACGCAACGGCAUCCCUGGCUCGGUGGCUGCACUGGUGACUGGUGGAGCCGACGUUGGAGAGGUUCUAGUCAACGAUAAACGCCUACCCUUGAUCAGCUUCACUGGAAGCACUAAAGUCGGUCGAGAGGUCGCCCUGAAGGUCCAGGAACGUUUUGGAAAGUCUCUCCUUGAACUUGGGGGCAACAAUGCACUCAUAGUGGCUCACGACGCGGACCUGGAGAUGGCUGUCCGUGCAGCUGUCUUCUCCUGCGUUGGAACAGCUGGGCAGCGCUGCACCACCACCCGAAGACUGAUUCUCCACUCGAACAUCAAGGAUGAGUUCGUUGGGAGAUUGAAGAUAGCGUUCAAGAGUAUUUUGGCUAGAGUUGGGGAUCCACUUGAGGAUAACACGUUGUACGGACCCCUUCACAAUCAGGGAGCUGUUGACAAUUACAAAGCAACUGUAGCUGAGGCUAUGGCUGCCGGUGGCACCAUUGAAUUCGGCGGCAAGCAGAUAGACCGUCCAGGGUUCUACGUAGAGCCCACGAUAAUCUCCGGUCUCCCGAACGACGCGGAAGUCGUGCAAUCCGAGACUUUCGCCCCGAUCGUCUACAUUCUGGAGGCCAAUUCCAUCGAGGAUGCCAUUGCCCAGAAUAAUAAUGUUGAGCAGGGACUCAGCAGCUCACUCUUCACCAAGAAUCUCUCAAACGUCUUCCAGUGGAUUGGUCCACACGGCUCAGACUGUGGAAUAGUAAACGUGAACAUUGGAACUAGUGGAGCUGAAAUAGGAGGUGCAUUUGGUGGUGAGAAGGCAACAGGUGGAGGUCGAGAGAGUGGAAGUGAUGCUUGGAAACAGUACAUGAGACGAUCAACAGUCACUAUCAAUUAUGGAAAUGAAUUGCCAUUGGCACAGGGCAUUAAAUUCGAAUGAUAAUAAAUUAAUGAAUGAAAAUUUUCCCCUCAUCACCAAGAUAUCGAUGAUGAUCGUCAUCACCAUCAUCACAUUCUUCCCCUCGUGUUUCACAGACUGACUAUCAUCUUAAAAAUUAUUUUAAAAAUCAUGAAAAUAAAUCAUCAAGUCUAAAGUGCUAUUAACAAUCCUGAGUUUAAUUAUCGAGGGAGAACCUAAUGAAGUCCACCUGAAUGUCGACAGACGCUUUCUUGUGGAAUUUGUACACUUGAGGUAGAUCAUAACGAAGUUCAGCGACAACAGUACCCUUUGCCCCCAGCUGUUGUCCUAUUUUCAAAACGUGAUUUCUCGUUGAUGUUUUGUGGAGGGAGUAGACUGUGGUCUUUGCUAAUUUCGUGGCUAUCUCCAGGAACUUCAUGUCAAUACCAGCGUUU